AUGACAGAAAGGCCUCUUUCGAUCACAACGCAGAUCGCGACUCCGAACCAGGUGGCGUUCCAUCCCACUCCUUCGAGCGACGCGCCUGGGAUCGUCACCGAGUCUGCAGAUGACGAGCCGUAUACGAUCAAAUGUAUUUGCGAAUACUACGACGAUGAUGGCAACACGAUUUAUUGCGAACAAUGCGAUACUUGGCAACACACCGAGUGCUACUAUCCUGGCCGAGUCGAGGAUGCUUCAAGAGCAGACUUCGAUCACUCUUGCGCUGAUUGUCAACCUCGAGAAUUAGAUUUUCGAGAUGCGAUCGAGCGACAACGACAGAACAGGCAGAACAAGAUAAUUAACGAUAAUGGCGACAAGAAGACCAAGCGACCUCAGUCUAAAAGCCACAAGAAGAAAUCGAAGCCCUCCGAAUUACAAGUCAACGGUUUCGCCGAUCACGACGGCCACAAAAAUGCAAGCCCUCAGGAUCACCAUCCACAAACGAAGAAGACGAAGGGUCAUCGGUCACAUCAAUCAGUCGGCUCAGGAAUCAAACGCAGUCCGCCUUUCAAUGCACGUCCUCAUCCUCACGCACAUCCUCCAAGUCCGGCUCAUACACCCCCGGACUUGCCUAACAGCUUUCAGGUCCAUGGCUACUCCGAGAGGUUCCUCAGUCUCUACGACCACGAUCCUCCAUCAUCCUCGACUAAUACAUUCGCCAGUCUAGAAGUGACAAACUCCAUGUCGUUGUGGCUUCAUGAUCCCGAAAAACUAGAACAGGACGCUGGGUGUAGGAAAGAGGAUGUCUUCCAACGCUUGAAAGUUGCCUUUGACGAACUGAGGUGGCCCGAACUACGACCUGUACAAAAGGAUGCCACAGUCAACAACACAAGCAUACAUUGGCGAUAUCUAGUGGCUCCUACAUAUUUCCAACAAGCGGGUCGCAUAACAGAACUAAAUGGAUUCGUCGGCUUCCAGAGAGACUACUGUCAAGAUGUUCAAUCCCAUUGGCUGGAUGCACCGCAUCCACAACCUUUCGUGUUCUUUCAUCCAAGGCUUCCUCUGUAUAUAGAUACUAGACAAGAAGGAUCAACCUGCCGGUUCGUGCGCCGGAGCUGUCGAGCAAAUACUGCCCUGGAAACUUUCAUUGCUGGAGGAGGCUCAGAGUACCAUUUCUGGCUCAUCAGCGAACGACAAAUUGCUGCUGGAGAACAACUUACCAUUCCAUGGGACUUUCGUUUUCCAAGCAACCAUAGUUCAAGAUAUCUCCAUUUGCUGAACCUAGGCGAUGAGGAAGGAAUACAAUUCGACAGUGCUGAUGCUACCGACGAGGAAUACGAGCAACUCAGCCAGCUCAUCCAAUUGGUUUUAUCUGAUCACGGUGGUUGCGCCUGUGAUCUUGGAAGCGAUUGUGCAUUUGCACGCUUUCAUCGAAGUUAUCACGCGCGAUCGCAUUCGCAAUCCAAUGGGGUGAAGUCAAAGAAAGGUCGCAAAGCCAGACAGAACCAUGUAUCUCCCACCAGCACCGGGUAUGCAACCAAUAGCCGGGCAGCCAGCGAAGGACAAGGAGAUACUUAUGAUGAGGAUGAUAAUCGCUCAACCUCGGGCUCAAGUCGAAGCAAGCCUCAGAGUCGAGACUUGACUCCUUCUCAUGGGACGACCGAAACGAAUGGCAUUUUGACGGAACCGACAGAUCGGGAGAAGAGAAAGCUCGCAAUGUUAGAGGACUCUUUCAGAAAGAUGGAGCAAGGCCAACCACCUAGAAAGAAGAAGCGGGCUUCCGACGGGUCUAAUGUGACUGUCCCUAUUCAUGUCUCUACGAUUCAGCCGUCCGUGAAACCAAGGCAAAAGUCUGUGGCACGGAUGUCUAUCUCUCAACCGUCAGCGUCCGCUGCAAAUGGGCAACGAUCACGUCAAUAUGCAGAUGCCAGUACGUCCAGACGGGAGUCAGGUUCUCCUUUCAGCGCUGUGUCGCCGACAGCCGGACCCCAAUCCCCAACCAAUGUUACUUCACGCAAUAGUUCUAUGCAAUAUCGAUCCCGUCAAGCUUCGGCAAAUCCUAAGCCGGUUUACGUUGACGACUCGACGCAGACUGAUGAGGUAGAUAAAGCGUGGUGGAACAUUACACCAACGAAAUCGAAGCGGGCGAUCGUGCCACUUGGGAAGCGUCUCCUGAAGAACAGACAUAAGAUUCAAAUGCUCCAAGACAUGCAACAGGCUCAGAUUCAGACAUCUCCGGGAAGUGUUGAUCAGAGUGGGCAGCCAUCACCAGCGUUGCCAAUGGAUCUGGACAGCCCAACCCACGAGGAGCGACAUCAAACAGAGUCUCCUGUGGAGAGCAAGGCUCGAAAUUUCAGUAUCUCAUCCUCGACGACAUCCGUGGAUACUUCCGGUCCUGCGGAUAUCAUCAUGACCGAUCCACCAACUGCGAUGAUUACCACCCAUAUCAAACCUCCUCCGCCUCCGUGGCCAAAUCAAGUGGCUGUGGCAUCUGUACAUAUGUCUACUUCCCCUACACUGCGGUCGCCAGAUUUGCAGCUUCAGCUGCCUCCGACACCUAACUUCUCAAAUUCCAGCCUUCCUGGAACUCUUUCAGCUGCUGCGACACCUUCGUCUGCAAGCGCAAUACUUGCCCAAUCUCCACUCGCAUCCACAAUCCCUGGACCCUCAAUUAAUGGCCUGGCUCAGCAAGCCAGUCCUGUGAAAACAACUAAGAAGCUCAGCUUAAGCGAUUACAGGGCGAGGAUGAAAAAGUCGGACACAAGUACUCCGAGCAAACCAUCAUCGGGAGGUAGUCCAACCGUCACACCUGCUGUUCCCAAGCCCUCGUUGUCGACAAUUGAGGAAGCCAAAGCACAGGGGUUGUUGGAAGGAAAUGCAAUUAUCGAUUCGCCUGUGAUGGAGAGGGUAUUGGAUCCAUUAGCAGCAGUGGUUGAGCCUACCUCGGAAGCUGUUUCUAAAGAAUAAUCUUCCGGCUGCUAUCGAAGCUAGCGGCACGUUGUAACAUACUAGAAUUUGCUCAGCGAUUCUGCUGUUUGCAUUAUCUUCAUUUUCUUUCUGGGUUUGAGCGAUUUCAGGCAGGCGGUUAUGGGUCAAAAGGCGGCUUGGGAUAGGCGUAUCUGGCGGCCACUUUCGAAGAUCACUAUUGAUCCAGUAUUGGACAAUACGUUGCGCUUCAUGUGUUGAAAAGAGGAAUACCUUGUUGUAUCAGUAUUUUAUGAAGCCUCUACGGCACAAUCAAAACAACGUUGCAUCAUAUCCUGGCUUCUCAUGCAAUAAUGCAUAUCAAGAUAUAUUUGGUAGCUUCUGAACUGAUCCUACCAACCAGACCGCAUGUCCUUUCUCAUCAAGAAUCUGCGCCUUCCAGACCGACACUGAAUGUACCUGCUCUAGGACAU